AUGUUCCCUCGUAGUGUCUAUUCCCAUUGUGUGAAGCGCACAGUAGCUCUCUUUCUCUUUGAUGUGGCGCUUCCCCGUCUUCUCGCUGCUCUGCCUCGCCUGCGCGCCUGCAGAGGCUCCGCGCCUCCCGAGGAACUGAUUUUCUUUCUCGCCUUCGAGAUCUGCGGCCUCCUCCGCCAGGUUCACCAGGCCGGCCUUCUCCACUGCGGCAUCAGCGCGAGGACGUUUCUGCUGCACCCGGCUCGCGACUUUUUUUUGCUCUGUCGAGGCGACGCUGCAGCGCUGCUGGGCUCUCCGCGGCGCGGGCGGCAGCUCGAAGGGAGCGCCGAAGGUGCCCGGGGGUCGGCGCCGAUUUUGCGGGUGUUUCAAGGUUUCUUUCCCCUCACGGCAACUCUUGCUUUCUCCAAGCAAAGCGCCUUCUACGUCGACCUGGAGGAGGCUCGGCCCUCGACUGAACCAGCCCCCCGUUUGUCUUCUGCGGACCCUGCGCGGCGACCGCCCAACCACCGCCUUCACGCGUCUCGCUCUCGCUCCGUGGGUCACUCCUUCCACAGCUAUCGAAACCAAAGGACGUAUGCUUGCCCUUCGUCUGAGGGCGUUUCUGCAUCAUCAGCUUCGUCUGCAGAUGUGCGGCUGUUCUGUCUGCCGGCCUUCCCGCAUGGCCACCUCCGACAGACUAAGAAAAGGCAUCCUCUUCUCCCCCUGGGCACGCACCCGCCGCCUUGUUUAGUCAGCGGCAGGGACUUCUCUCGCUGCUGCGAUCUUCAGGCGCUCCACGCCGGGGUUGUGCCGCUGCGUCGCUCUUUUCCGCAAAGGCUGAAGCCGCGGAAAAAGCGGCUUUCGGCCGCGGAUGCGAGGCCGCAGGGAGCGAAGCGUGGCGCGCCAAGCGAACUCCUGGAGACGGCGAUAGACGCCGCGCACGACUGCAGCCUCCAUGGCAUCCCCCCUGUCUCCCUGCUCCACGGCGGCGAUCUGAGAGGCGUUGCGAGGUGUAUGUACACGGCGCUCUUCGGGGUAGGCAUGGUCGAGAGCGCAGAAGAAGAAUCUGAGAACGCGUUGCAGCCUGGCUUAGAUACACACGCACGCUGUAGCGCAGCAUUCAAGUUCGAACCUGAACAAGGAGACGAAACCGAAUGCUUACAGAGGAAAGAAAAGGCUGGUCAUGAAUCGCAGGGAGAGCGCCUAGGGUUCGGCGUUCGCGCAGGCCAGUUGGCGGGGGCUGGCGAGGAGUUCGACGCGCGCCGUGCCCUUCAGAUUACUUUACCGUUUCGCGAGAAACGGGCAUCGGCGCAUGAAGCGUUCUGGACAUCCUUCUUUGCUUCUCUGCUCGGAUUUGAAACUCAACUUGAGAAGAACCCCCGGGCGAGACGGGUUCUUCGCUUCGUGCUGCGGCAGCACCGGCAAACCAUUCGCAAGGGGGACAAAAAUAUCGGUGAGAACGUAGAAAAGCGCCCACAAAGCGAAGCAUGCGAAGGACGCGAACCUCACACGCAACUCAAGCAAGACGGCGAAAGGGCGUGUGACAGCGAACAAGACGGUGAGCGCAGCGUGGAGGGGCGCUGGGAAGUAGACCCGCGAGCGCAACGGAGAGGGCCGGGCAUGGUGGCGGAGCCAAUCGAAGUGUCAGAAGACCGUGAAGGUUCUAAAGAUUCUCACGAGCGCGGUCACCAGCGAACAGAAGGGCGCGGGCCUGUAGAUGGAGCUGCCUUGUACCCUCAGCCGCUGCGCAGAGGCGGAGGCUUGAGAAGCGAUGCAGGGCUGAGCGUCGAGGAUCAAGAAGCCGAGGACUCUGUGCGCGUCCUGCAUGAGGAAAGCAGACACUUGUCUCUCGCCCUUCUCACGCUUCAGAGGCGAAGGAUCGCUGAAGUCUUUGCGCGAGCACCCGGCGUCUCAGAGGCUCGGUGUCGCGAAGAAUUCGCGUCAAUUUGA